AUGGCAAAUACAGAAGCAACAUUACCGAUCAUCGAUGAUCAUUAUCGCAUAACAAUAUUAGUUCGACAGUUUGGCCAACGAACGCCGACUGUUUUUAAUCGGCUCGUUGAAAGGCUUCAUCGUGUUCGCUAUUUACAAGUAAGCGAUAAUCCAAAGCGUGUUAUCAUCGCCAAUUUCGUUUCAACAAUUAAUUACAAUUUGGCUCAUUUCGGUGAAUUGCAGGCAUUUCGAAGAGUUAUUGGUCUUAUUGGAGUGGUUGUUUUAGAAUCAGAGCCAAGUACAUCGAAAGAAAUAAUAGACGAUGGUCGUUCCAGUUUAGAUAAAAAGAAGCAACGCUCAUCGGCUGCAGUAACGCUCCUCACUUUGCCACAAAUUAAAAAACAAUAUGAUCUUUGUAAGACUGAAUUUGCCGCUUCACUUGUAGAUAGUCGUUGUAUUAUGCUUGGAUGCAUCGAAAAUAAGGAUUUUUGGCCACCUCGCGAACUGUUCUGCUUUAACUGUUUGGAUGACGCUGAUCCUUUAGAAGGUGUUGUACGUGAUUUCAUGCGUUCGAUUUUUUUUGUUCUCGAAAGCCGCCGACUUGAUCUGUCUUACGAAAAACUUGAAAAUCCGCCAUGUCCAUCAGUUCUCGACGAACAAAAAAAAAAAUGUAUCGGUCGUUUACGUAAACAAAUAGCUGAUUACACGCUCAUGACUGGUCUGCCUUUCCUAGCACUUGAUGCCUACCAGUCAUCCAUUGAUGCUUUAAAACAGGCAAAUGAUCUUCUUUGGCUUGCUGGAAUGUUGCUUCUAGUCGUUAUAUUUUUAGCAGCGUUUGAAGGCUGGGCAUGUGCAGCUAUGGUUGUUAAAUACGAUCUUAAUGAUGAAUAUAAUUCCUCAAAUUUUAUUCAGCGAGUGGCAACUGCAUGUCAACUACAGCAAAUAAGUUCAUUUCAAGAACGGGAUCAGAGAAUACGUUCUUUUGGUCACCAGCGUCAUCCGUCAGAAAAUGAGUGCACUUCAAUUACAUCUAAUGCAAUGCAGGAUAUAACAGUUGAAGAACAUAACAGGCGUUUUAUCAAGCUGCCUCUUACUCGCAAUACGGACUCAUCUGAAAGGAAAAAUGCGGUGAAUCACAAAGAAAUUACUGAAAAGUUCAAGAUGGCAUUGGAGAACUAUUCAAGAUUUUCGUUUGUUGCUAACAUAGAAUAUGAGUGUAUGGUUAGAUGUGCAUCAGCUUAUCGUUAUCAAAGGCUUUUUAUUGAAAUGGAGUCGUUUAUUCGAGAUAAUGUUGGGAAAUAUCUGGAUGACAAUUAUACGAUAUUCGAUAAUAUUACAAAAGCAAAUAUUUGUCUAAAUACUUCAGCAAUGUUUCGAAUGAUUGGUUUCCAUAGAAAAUGCGCUUUUUUUGCUCGUCUGGCAGUAUUAUUUCGACUUCAUGCAUCGGAUGGUGAAGCAAAGACGAUUGUUGAUUAUCGCUAUGUUUAUCCAAUACUUUAUCGAUCCUUGGCUGGCUAUGGUAUUCCAGAGGACUUGAAAGAAAUUUCGGGUGAUUUGAGUGUACUGGGUCCUGUGCAUAUUCAAAGGAAGGCUUUUCAUGAAGUUUUUAUGAGUGCAAUGCGCGCUGAAUAUCAUGAUGCAGCAAUCCGUCAUUUAUGUUGUAUUUUGCAGGUUUAUUAUGAUUAUAUGGAUUUCGAAUCGAUUGUUAGAUUAUUGGAUGAACUAUUUCGAUUGGUCUCUGUACGUGAUGGUUUUCAUCACCUUAAUCAACAUAUUUCUCUACCACAAUGUGGAAUCAUUAUACCUCCAAUACAAAUGACUAGAAACUUUACUGUUUGUUCAUUGCCACCUCAUUUGGCUCCAAUAGUUAUUAGACCUCGUGUUACUUCAGAUAUUUUCAUUUAUUCACCAUUUCAACGUGGUGAUAUCUCAUCGAAUGCCAUUCGAUGGGUCGUCGAUUGUGCCUGUGAAGUAUCUGUGCGAGUCAAGAAUUAUCUUCCUUUUGAACUUUCAGUUCAUAAUUUAUCGUUACUUUCUGAAGGAUGUUCUUUGGAAACUAUUCCUGUGCGCCUUAGUUUAGCUGCUUCGGCUGAUUCAAAUGAUCUCGUUGAUAUAAAAUUGAUUAGUGUGCCAAGGAGUGCUGGAAGACUUCUAAUAACGGGAUAUUCUUGUGAAGUACUUGGUGUCAAAAAUAUUUGCCGUUUACGAGAUAUGCCUGAAGAGGCAAGAAUGCAAAACGCUGGAUCAAAUGCUUCUGUUUUUGAUGUUGAAGUUUUGCCAGCAUUGCCAGUUUUGCGUCUUCAGACAUCUCUUCCUAGAGCACCAAUUUCUGAAGCAGAUCUCGAACCAGCUGCUGAGUUAUCAGUUUACUCCGGUCAAACAUUCGAACACACAAUAUCAAUAGUUAAUACGAGCGAAAAUAUUGGUAUUGCAGAUGUUAGGCUUGAAGUUAAACAACCAAAAGUAUGUGGGGGCCCCUGCUUGAUCGAAAUAGUUAAUGAUUGGAUAGAUGACGAUUUACUCACUACUAUCGGCACUAAAAAAAACUUUUUUUUCAUGAUUUUUGGAAUUGAUCCGUCUGCAACGGCUGAUGACGGUUCUAUGCGAAGCCGUGAUGGUUUGGAUGAUGAUAAUAGCAGUAAUGAAUUCACUAGUGAAAGCGCUCAUGAUCGCAUUCCUUUUACGGGACGGUUACUUACUUCGGAGUUUAUAAUUCAUUACAAAGCAGAUAUUAUUGGACCAGAAAAUGAACAAUAUGAACGGCGCUGUCGACUUCCAUUGGCCGUUUCAAUCAUACCAGCAGUAACAGUAUCCGCAUGGCACGUUUUGCCGGGUGAUGGCCCUACUUCUCGAUAUGUAUUAAUUGAUGUCACAAAUUCUACUGAAUGGGACGCUGAGUUAUUGUAUGGUAAAGGCAAACUUAUUGGUGUUCAGCCAAAGGAAAUAUGUCGAGUACCAUUACUUUGCGAAUGUUGCUCAGAAGUUGCAUCAGAUGCAUUUAAGCAAGCUGAAAGUCGUUCAUCACAUAUGAUGCAAGUGCAAGAAAUGGAACGUUUGCGCCGAAUGUUAGAGCGUCAUGUAUCUGCUCAUCUGGAUAUCCGGUGGUCAAUUUCAAGUUGUAAUCUUAUGGGUUCUGUUCCUGUCGGGCCACUUUUAUCGUCCGUAGCUUUUCUCAAACAACUUAUCGUUCCCGCGAUUUCAUUUGGUGUGUUUUUGAACCAGAAGUUUUCAGAAAUGAGCGUUAAUGGUGUUCCCUAUCUGAGUGAAGAUGAUAUAUUAGCUGGAAUUGGCGAAAUUUUUGAUCUGGAAGUCAAACUAAUUAGUUCUGUUCGAGGUAAUCGUUUAUAUAGCGGAUUUUUACAGCUUCAAUGUUAUAGAGAUGUACAGAAUGGCUCCAUUAUCAAUAGCAAUGAUAGCAUGAUCGUACUUAAUGCUGAUAGCGUUCCUUUUGCUGAUUAUGACUGUAAUGACGAAAAAAACGAAAAGAAUUUGGAUACAAUAUCUAUUGAAAAUGAUUAUGCCCCAAGUUCUCUUGAGAUUGAUCAACGUUCUUCUACUAACUCGAAAGUUUUUAGUAAAAUUUUUACAGCUAAUUUCUUGGUCAUAUUUCGGUAUGAAGGCUGUCAUAAGGUGAAGCCCUUUAUCAACUUGUAUGAAGGAUCGUCACUAAUUUCCAAAGAAGAAUUAUUUUGUUCUGCUGUUUCAUUUAAUGUGGUCACAAAAGUUGGCUAA